AUGCUAUCUGUCAAGCACAGAAGGUCAGACGCGUGCAUUUGAACGCAGGAGCUGUUUUAUGAAAGCUUAGGAAGGAAUGUAUGCUAGCAAAUAGGGACAUAGUGACUUUAUACAGUUAGCCAAGGCGGUAUAAACAAGAACCAAUGCUUAUAAUACGAAACAACAGCCACUCGUAUAAAAAUGUUGAAUCUAAUUAACUAAAGUCUAGCGUGUCAGCUCUCCUCUCAGUUAGCUUUUCUUAACACACAUCUCCACCUAUCUGCCACUAUGUUAAAGAGCCUUGUUAGACUUCAGAGUCAGCUUGGAAAUGCCCUUUCUCUCAGUAAAGUGUGCCCAAGAGGUCAGCAGUCCCGAUUUACUUUGAAAUACUCCACAGCCGCAGCAGCAGAAAGAAAGAAAUUUUAUCAAGAUGUCAGCAUAUCCCAGGGUGACGGUGGUGUAUAUGAGAUCAACCUAGACAGAAGGAAACUGAAAACCCCCGGAGGGAAGCUGUUCACAGUGCCAAAUGAAGCCCUGGCCAUCGCUGUGGCAACCGAGUGGGACGCUCAAAGAGACACACUCAAGUUCUACUCAAUGCACCUGACUACACUGUGCAACACAGCUCUGGACAAUCCCACGGAGCGUAAUGAGGACCAAAUGAUCAAUGCUGCUCUAAAGUUCCUGGAGACUGACACUGUUUGUUACAGAGUAGAUGAGCCCUAUGCUUUGGUUGAGCUACAGAAGAAUGAGUGGGACCCUGUGCUGCACUGGAUUGAAAACAGAUACAAUGUCACUAUUGGCUCCUCGUCCAGUAUUUUGGGUCCUGAGAUUCCAGAGGCAACCAAAGAUACGUUCCGGCAACACCUGAAGUCUUUCAACUUUUGGUCUCUGACAGGGCUCGAGUAUGUGAUCACACAGCUGAAGUCUGUUGUUCUGUCCAUGGGGAUGAUUGACAGACAUCUGAGUGUGGAGCAGGCUGUGCUGCUCUCCAGACUGGAGGAGGAAUACCAGAUUCGGCGCUGGGGAAACGUAGAGUGGGCCCAUGACUACGACAUGUAUGAGCUGAGGGCACGGACCGCUGCUGGAGCUCUUUUUGUUCACCUCUCAUCUGAGAGUUCAACUGUCAAGCGCAAACUUCUGCAGGACUGAGAGAAAGAUGAGCUCAAACAUAGAACUCUCAGUAACCGAGAGAGAAACCCCAAGCACCUCUGUUUAUCAAUGAUGUACAUCAAUGCAGAAAAACACAACACAUCCUGUUUGUUCUAUUUAGCAGUGACAGCAGCUCUGUCUGUCAUCUGUUACAGAAACAUCUCACUCUAGUCUUUUUUUGCAGUGUUAAUAUGUGGAAGCUGCCAAGAGUGACACCCCUCACAGAGUUUCCAGUCGGUUCUCAGUCAUCCGCGACAUUUUGGAUGCUGGUGACUACUACUGUUGUCUGUUUGGUGGUGGAAUGUUAAUUCCCUGGCUGCUUUUUCUGUGUGCUACAUUUGAUUACUGGAAGGUGCAUGUGCUAUUCUACCAACAAACUGUCCACGCUAACUGCGCUGUGUAGAUGAAAGCACACUGCAUGUGAAAAAAUAUUCACUUGCAGUAGGUAAAACAUCAAAUUGCCAUCUGUAGUUAAGAUUGUCAUCGUUCAUGUUUUGUGUAUUUUGGCAUUUUCAGUGUGGUAAUGAGGUGAGAGAUUAAAUACUGCACAGAGAAAGCUUGUUCAUGUGUAUCAACUAUACAGUGCUGUUUCUACAAAAAGUUGUAUUUUAGUGGAAAAGUGGGUUGCACUCUCAUGCAGUUGUAAUUUUCAUGUACAGAGCUGAAGGUUUUGUUGCUUUUACAGUUGAAAUGAAUCACAGAAAUGAAAAGAAUGGCAUUAUGUGACUCAUAUUUGUCGGUGCCCUUUCCCUUUCCACCACUUGUGAGCAAAAUACGUCAGCAGAGCUUAUCGUGAAUUAAAACCCAAAUAAG